AUGGCGACUGAUCCAAUGAAGAACCGCAUGCAUGUUUUCAAGAACAGUGGCAAAGAUGUCGACGAAAUGCGCAGACGGAGGAACGAAGUCACAGUAGAAUUGAGAAAAAAUAAAAGAGAUGAAACUUUACAAAAACGUCGAAAUGUGCCUAUCAACUACUCAACCGACGAGGAGGAGAUUGACCGGACUCUCAUGUCCGUGGACCUGAAGGAGCUGGUGAUGAAUGCAGCUGCUGCGGAUAAUCCUGAUGUGCAGCUGGCAGCCGUACAACAGUGUCGGAAAUUACUCUCAUCGGACAAGAACCCUCCGAUUGACGAGCUCAUAGCCACCGGUAUCCUACCUAUCCUCGUACAGUGCCUCUCCAGAGCAGACAACCCUACACUUCAAUUUGAAACCGCAUGGGCCUUAACAAAUAUUGCAUCAGGAACUUCAGCACAGACUAAUAAAGUGGUUCAUGCCGGCGCCGUUCCUGUCUUCCUGCAGCUUCUUAUGUCUCCUCAUGAAAAUGUUUGUGAGCAGGCUGUCUGGGCCCUAGGUAACAUCAUAGGAGAUGGACCGGUCCUCCGUGAUUUUGUCAUUGAGCUUGGAGUUGUAAAGCCCCUGCUCAGCUUCAUUGUGAAACCUGACAUCCAAAUCGCAUUCUUGCGCAAUGUCACUUGGGUCAUCGUUAACCUGUGCAGGAGCAAGGAUCCGCCACCACCCGUAAAGACUAUACAAGAAAUUCUUCCAGCCCUUGAUAUACUCAUAACACACAGUGACUCUAAUAUUUUAGUGGAUACUGUGUGGGCCAUUAGUUAUUUAACGGACGGAGGAAAUGAUCAGAUUCAAAUGGUUAUAGAAUCUGGAAUUGUGCCCAAGUUGAUACCACUGCUAUCACAUAAGGAGGUGAAACUUCAGACGGCUGCUUUAAGAGCUGUAGGCAACAUCGUAACUGGAACUGAUGAACAAACACAAGUUGUACUCAAUUGUGAUGCUCUCUCUCACUUCCCAGCAUUAUUGUCACAUCAGAAAGAAAAGAUUUGUAAAGAAGCAGUCUGGUUCCUAUCAAACAUCACAGCAGGAAACAAACAGCAAGUGCAGGCAGUGAUCGAGGCAGGUCUGCUGCCCAAGAUUGUGGAAAACCUCAGCAAGGGCGAGUUCCAGACGCAAAAGGAAGCUGCUUGGGCCGUGACUAAUCUUAGCAUCAGCGGUACCAAGGAGCAGGUGGCUACACUCAUAAAUUGUGGAGUCAUACCUCCGCUGUGCAAGCUGCUCAGUUGCAAAGAUACUCAAGUUAUUAAUGUUGCCUUAGAUGGUUUAAGUAAUAUGCUAAAGAUGGCGGGUGAGAACGCAGACCAGGUGGCCAACAUGAUCGAGGAGUGCGGCGGUAUCGACAAGAUCGAGGCGCUGCAGAACCACGAGAAGGAGGACAUUUAUAAGAUGGCCUACGAUAUCAUCGAGCAAUACUUCGCGACCGAUGAGGAGGACGCGGCGUUGGUUCCGCCGCCGGGCGAGUCGGGCUUCCAGUUCGAGGGGGGCAAGCAGGCGCCGCACGAAGGGUUCCACUUCUAG